AUGGGUCUGAAGUCAUUGAUUGCGUGGAGCUCCGUGCUGCUUUCCGGAGUCGCUUUCAGUCAGACCACCUCCGACGAUCCUGAAGCUCUUUUCGGACCCAUUUCUCCGGUCUCAGUGGACAGCGGAAGGUACAUCGUCAAGUUCUCUGGAACUGGCUCGGCAAAGUUCAGAAAGCGUGAUGGUAGCUUGAACGCUGAUGGUUUCUUCAUUACCCUCGCCGAGUCCGGCCAAGAAGCGUCCCCAGCCGUGAGCUUCAACUCCCCGCUCUUCCACGGCGCUUCAUUCGAUCUCAAGAACACCACCGGCGAGUCCAUUGCAGACAUUGAAGCCUUACCUGAGGUCGAAAAGAUAUGGCCUGCUUCUCUUUUCACCGUGCCCACCACUAGUGCGGCAGUGGUGCAGUCGGAAUUUCCCACUUGGAACCCCCACAACGACACCAAUGUUGCUCUAGCACACGCCAAUGGAUACCUCGGAAAAGACGUCAUUGUUGCCAUCAUCGAUUCUGGUAUUGACUACAACCACCCGGCUCUCGGCGGCGGGUUUGGCGCCGGUUUCAAAGUUGAGAGCGGAUACGACCUUGUAGGCGACGACUAUGAGCCGGGAGACAUCUACAUCCCCGACGAAGAUCCAAUCGACUGUAACGGACAUGGCACUCACGUUGCGGGCAUCAUCGCUAGCACCAACGAGUUUGUCCCUGGCGUUGCGCCAUCUGCUCGGUUGCGCGCAUAUAAGGUCUUUGGAUGCGGUGGCAGCACCUAUGAGGAUGUGAUAGUCGCCGGCUUUCUUCAAGCCCAUGAGGAGGGUGCGGACAUCAUCACCGCUUCUCUUGGCUCCAAUAGAGGCUUCGCAGACACCCCGUUAGCUGAAGUUGCAUCGUCCAUCCAGGCUGCGGGCACGUUUGUGUCCAUCGCUGCUGGAAACGCUGGCGAAACAAACGGCCCGUGGUAUACUAGCAGUGGAGGCAACGGAUUCGGUAGUACUACUGUUGGAAGUGUGGAACAUGACGAAUUGGUUGCCUUCACGACGAUCGCGCGAUCCAGCAGCGGCGAGUCUCGAGAAAUUAUAUAUCUUGCCGACAACGGAGUUCAGUGGAACAUCAAUGGUUCCUUCCCUGCCUCCUGGCCUUCCAGUCCCAGAGACCACAGCGCAUGCGGUUCUAGUGAUCCAGUCCCGGACAGCAACGUUCUGAUCAUCCCUCGUGCCGAUUGUGGCUGGCAAAGAACAGACAGCGGCUUGAUGGGCCAGGUUGACUGGGUCUUCAUCUACAACUACGAGGGUUCGGAGUGGGAGAUCCCCGCUCGAGUGCGAUACGCUCCCGAAAGCCAACCGAAAGGAUUCAGCUUGAUCACCUACGAAGAUGGAGACUGGCUUGUCAGUCAGCACGAGAGCAAUCACUCCGUGACUUUCGACUUCGUCAACGACCACAAGCCGGCAGCCAUCGACCGUCCAUCAUUCGCCGGUGGGAGAAUUGACCAGUUUACGUCCUGGGGACCUACCUUGGAUGCCCGAAUGGCUCCUCAGAUCUCAGCUCCGGGUGGCUCUAUCUUCUCAACCUUCCCUCUCGGCUCAGGUGGAUGGGCAACGCUUUCAGGAACGAGCAUGGCAACACCUUAUAUUGCCGGAGUUGCUGCUCUGUACUUUGCUGCCAAUGGUGGAAAGGCUGCGCUUGGAGAGACUGCUGCGAAGCUGGCUCACGAGAAGAUCAUCGCCAGCGGCAAGCCAAUUCGACACUAUGACGGCACCGACAACCUGGCGUCUGUUGUUCACCAGGGAGCGGGCAUGGUGGACGCCUUCAAGGUGGUCAACCACUCAACAACAAUCAGCCCCGUCGUUCUCAAUCUCAACGAUACCGACCACUUUCAGGGCGUUCAUGAGGUGGAGAUCACGAACUCCGGCACUGAGUCGGUAACGUAUCAGCUCUACCAUGAGCCGGGGAUCACCAUUUUCUCGAAAGGCGCUGGCGAUGCCUGGACGUCCAUCUCACCACCUUACGCAAGUGACGAAGGAAACAUCGCAACGGCCGAAUUCUCCACAGCUGAGUUGACGUUGGGCCCAGGUGAAACCGGUGCCUUUACGACGACAUUCACCGAACCGUCUGCCUCUGAAGCAAUCAAGCUGCCUGUCUAUGGAGGCUCUAUUUUGGUUGUGGGAUCUCAGGGCGAGGCAAUCCGAGUUACCUACAUGGGAGUGAAAGGAUCUAUCUACGCAAGUGACAUCUGGGAAAUGCACCGCGGCACGCCCUUGCUCUUGAGUGGCUACGGCGGGCUUAUGGAAGAAGGCCACAACUACACCUUCGAAGAAGGUGGCGAUGUGAUGCAACCUUACUUCAAUGUCCUCUGGUCUACCCGGGAGAUCAGCUUUGAUUAUGUUGCUCGUGACUGGAACGAGUCAGACUGGGUUUACCCCAUGGUUCCAGGACAGAACAAGUACUUUGGAUCCUUCAUCACCGUGCCUUCGGGUCUGUCCGAAACCAUCACGAGCUUCCCAAUCAAGAACUACCCUCGAAAUGGCGGCGGUGUUUACGCUAAGCCCCAGAACAAGUUUGCUCAUGGCGAGGACAUCCCCAUCGGCGAGUACAAGAUUCUAUGCCGUGCUCUUCGCACAUUCGGAGACCCGAACAACUUGAACGACUGGCAGUACAAGGUUUCGCCCUGGUUCCGAGUCACAAGAGAGAAACCUCCGGUCACCGAAACUCCAACAACAACUGUCGCUCCUCCGACGCCAACUUCCACCAUCAGCCUUCCUGAACCCUGUGCUGCAACCGCGACACCCAUCAGCAUUCAGGCUACGCUUGCAUCUGGAGAGGGUCCGUACGGAAUUUACCUUUACUCCGACUUUGCCGCCAUCGAUCUCGCAGGAAGCAAGACAAACCUGAACUUCACCUUCACGAGCGACAACCAUGUUUACACAUGGUAUGACUCAGCAUAUAAGGCAUUCUCGGUGCACACCAACACCAACAGUCUCAUCUACGUAUACACAGAAAGCAGAGUCUCAGGGGCCUUCUCUUUUCUCGACUGUUCUAUCGUAGAUGGCAAGCUGGACUGCGAGUCUAAUGGAAAGAAGGCCUUGUAUGUCUGCGACAGUGGAAACGGCCUCUUGCGUCAUGGGACAGAACUACUUGAUGGUUGCCAGGCUGUCACGUUGAAUGUCGGAUCAAGAGAGAAUCCGAACUGCGCCGCUUCCACGACUUCUGUCAGCGCUACGGAAGUGACUGCAGUUCCUACUACGUUCUCGACUGCUGUUGCUACCGGGACCUCGUCGGAGACAUCCAACUAA